AUGCAUAAAAUAUGCAUAAAAUGCCAGCCAUACCACCACCCUAAGCCUAACCUGGUUCCACGUGAGAUCCACAAUGGUUCCAAUACCAGCUUCACGGUGGUUCCAAAACCAAGCUCCACGGUGGUUCCAAAACCAAGCUCCACGGUGGUUCCAAAACCAAGCUCCACGCUGGUUCCAAAACCAAGCUCCACGGUGGUUCCAAAACCAAGCUCCACGCUGGUUCCAAAACCAAGCUCCACGCUGGUUCCAAAACCAAGCUCCACGCUGGUUCCAAAACCAAGCUCCACGCUGGUUCCAGAACCAAGCUCCACGCUGGUUCCAAAACCAAGACGACACUUAAGGUUGACCGGGAACGACCUUGAGAGCGAGCCUCGUCACCGCACACUCAAGACCUUCUCUCCAUCGACCAUCGCGUCUUUUGCUCAUUAA